UCUCAUAUAAAUACGCAGCGUUUACAAGACAACAGUUCGUCAGAAAAUACGAACCCCCAAUGAUUCCUAUAUGUCCAGUGGUCUCCUUCACCUAUGUGCCCAGCCGGCUUGGUGAAGAUGCCAAAAUGGCUACCGGCAACUACUUUGGAUUUACCCACGGUGGUGCUGCACAGUACAGUCAGCAGCCAGCUGCAGGGGUGGCCUACACCCACCCUACCACCGUGGCCAGCUACACCGUACACCAGGCACCGAUGGCGGCCCACUCCGUGGCAGCAGCCUACGCUCCCACCGGCGCCACGGUCGCCGUAGCCAGGCCUGCCCCUGUCGCCGUGGCAGCAGCAGCCACCGCCGCAGCCUACGGAGGUUACCAGCCGGCCCACGCCACCGCUGACUACGGCUAUGCACGCCAGCCGGACGUUCCCCCGCCGCCCCCCCCUGUCACGUCCCAGAACUACCAGGACUCCUACUCCUACGUACGGUCCACGGCCCCGGCGGUAACCUACGACCCUAAGCAGUACUACCAGCAACCCGUAGCUAGCUCUGCGGUAGCCGCUGCGGUAGCCGUACAGCCCCAACCCACUGCCGAGUCGUACUACCAGACCUGGGACGCCACGUGGAAGAAAUCCCUUCCAGCCCCUAAGACGGGCUACACCCAGGCCAGUCUGACCCCUUACACCCAGACCCAACAGUCUCGACAGGUGACGGCCAUCAAGCCUGUUACUCCCUCCCCUGCCUCUUCCACGUUCUCCAUUUACCCCGUGUCCACCGUUCAGCCCGUAGCCGCCGUGGCCUCCGUCGUCCCUUCCUACUCUCAGAGCCCCACGUACUCCACCAAUGCGGUCACGUACUCUGGUAAGCACGACAUGCAAGCCGUAACCAGCAUGCACUACCUGCCGACUACCUACUCCACCAAUGCCGUCACGUACUCCCAGAGCCCCACGUAUAGUACCAACCCCGUCGCAUACUCCGGUACGUCGUACUCGGGCUACGAAGCAGCGGUCUACUCAGCUGCCUCUACGUACUACCAGCAGCAGCAGCAGCAGCAGCAGAAACAGGCUGUGGCGGCGGUAGCAGCUUCAGCAGCAUGGACAGCCAGUUCUUUUACCAAGAAACCUCCCUUCCAGAGCAAGCAGCUGAAACCCAAGCAGCCUCCCAAACCACCACAAAUCCACUACUGUGAUGUCUGCAAGAUCAGCUGUGCUGGACCCCAGACCUACAAGGAGCACCUGGAAGGCCAGAAGCACAAGAAGAAGGAGGUGGCCCUGAAAGUCUCCCAGAGCAGCAGCAACAGUAGCAGUAGUAGUAGUGGAGGUGGAGGAUCAGCCCGGGGGACUCAGAACCAGCUCCGUUGUGAGCUCUGUGACGUGUCCUGUACCGGGGCUGAUGCCUACGCUGCACACAUCAGAGGGGCCAAACACCAGAAGGUGGUGAAGCUCCACACCAAGCUGGGGAAACCCAUCCCUUCCACAGAGCCCAGUGUAGUGACCCAGACCUCCACCUCUACCACGGCCUCGUCCAAGACCCCUGCCACCUCCUCUACCACCCCCACAGGCUCCACCUCCAACUCCUCCUACCUGAAGCCGGUUAACAUCGUUAGCCAGGGUGGCGCGGGGGCUGGACUGGGGAAGGGUCUAGUGGGGAACAACCUAUCAGCAGCCAAUGCCACCACAGCUGUCAAGAAGGUCAACACCCCCAAGAUCAACUUUGUUGGAGGAAACAAGCUCCAGACUACCGGGAAGGUGACGGAGGAAGCCAAGGUGGAGACAUCCAAGCCUCCUCCGCCCUCAUUGGUCCCCCAACCUCAGGAGACGAAGAACGAGUCCUCUGAUUUGCUGUCUACCCUGGCCGCUUUGCAGAAUGACGUGCAGCCUGUUGGACACGACUAUGUGGAAGAGGUGCGUAACGACGAAGGCAAGGUGAUCCGGUUCCACUGUAAGCUGUGUGAAUGCAGCUUCAACGAUCCCAACGCCAAAGAGAUGCAUCUGAAGGGCAGGAGACACCGCCUGCAGUAUAAGAAAAAGGUGAACCCGGAGCUACAGGUGGAGGUGAAGCCUUCGAUCAGAGCCAGGAAGAUCCAGGAAGAGAAGAUGAGGAAACAGAUGCAGAAGGAAGAGUACUGGAGGAGGAGAGAGGAGGAGGAGAGAUGGAGGAUGGAGAUGAGGCGUUACGAGGAGGAGAUGUACUGGCGUCGUAUGGAGGAGCAGCACCACUGGGACGAGAGACGUGGGGGGCCCAGGAUGCCAGGGGACGGACCUUACCUCCAGGGGCCCCCCGGCCCACCUGGACUACUGGGGGUUCGGCCUGGCAUGCCCAUCCCUCAGCCACAGGGACCAGUACCUCCCCGUCGGCCGGACUCCUCAGACGACCGUUACGUGAUGACUAAGCACGCCACCAUCUACCCCUCUGAGGACGAGCUGCAGGCUAUCCAGAAGAUCGUCUCCGUCACAGAGAGAGCCCUCAAACUGGUCUCGGACAUCAUCAUCGACCAGGACAAGACCAAGGAGACAACUGGAGACGACAAGGAUACAAAAGAGGUUCCCAAGAUUCCCCAAGACCGAGCUCUGAAGGGCGUGAUGAGGGUGGGGGUGCUGGCUAAAGGACUGCUGCUCUGUGGAGACAACAACGUUAACCUGGUCCUGCUCUGCUCAGAGAAACCCACCAAGAACCUGCUGAGCCGCAUAGUGGAGCACCUUCCCAAACAGCUGGUGGUGGUGACCCCAGAGAAGUACGAGGUGAAGGGCUCCGUCGAGGACUGUUCCAUCAUCCUAACCUCUGGAGCAGACCCCAAAAUGACAGUCACGGUCACCCUGACGUCCCCCAGCAUCCGAGAGGAGGAGGAGACCCCAGCCACACCCCCGCCACGGGACGGAGAUGUAACCUGGGGCUUGACGCGAGACCCAGAGGACGUCUUGGACAGGCUAAAAUGCCUUGACGCUCUAGCGGCUCUGCGCCACGCUAAGUGGUUUCAGGCUAGGGCGAACGGACUCCAAUCCUGUGUGAUUGUUAUUCGUAUCCUGCGUGACCUCUGUCAGAGAGUCCCCACGUGGUCUGCCUUCCCCUGCUGGGCCAUGGAGCUGCUGGUAGAGAAGGUGCUUAACAGUGCCUCUGGCCCCCUGAGCCCAGGCGAUGCACUGAGACGAGUGUUUGAAUGUAUUUCCUCUGGGAUUCUGCUCCCCGGUGGCCCGGGAUUGGUCGACCCGUGUGAGAAGAACCCCACCGAUACCCUAACAGCCAUGGAAGAGCAGCACAGAGAGGACAUCACAUCAAGUGCCCAGUUUGCUCUGCGGCUGCUGGCAUUCCGUCAGAUCCACAAGGUGCUGGGCAUGGACCCACUGCCUCAGAUGAACCCCCGCUUCAACGUCCGCAACAACCGUAAGCGUCGUCGCGACAACAGCGACGGAACGGACGGAUUCGAGGGCGAAGGGAAGAAGGACAAGAAGGAUUUCGACAGUAACUACUAGGACCUUUCGUCGUCCCACUCCUCCCCCUCCACCGCCUCCACCCCUGUUCAUUUAAAGUUGUGUGUGUGUGUGUGUGUGUGGGGUGACGUUUCAGGCUUGACUACAUUGCAGUCACCUGAAGGAUCUCAUGACGCCUGGAUGUGUGUUUUUUUUUGUUUAAGAUGAGAGCUAACCACAACCAUUGGUUGAUGCCUGCACUGCAAUGUAGUCUGCCCUGGAACAAGCCCUGUGUACAUCUGCCACCUACAGGUGGGUUUGUGUAAAUGCUCAAGACCAACAUCGGCCUGGUCCAUGUAAGAGUAAAUCGGGGUUGUUAUUCAUUUGGGCACGUAACAGAAAAUGUUUUUAACCAUUUUUGCAACAACAACAAACAAAAAAUGAAGGGGAAGAAAAGAGGGUUAAAGAAAAUGAGCAUUUCUUGUCAGUUCCGUUUUGGUGCCAAAUGAAUAUGACCCAGUCUUGACUGAAUAGGCCGACUGCCAGUACCCAGUUUGUCCACGAUGUUUCUGUUUUUGGUAGCGAUUUGAUACGACCUGUGGUUCAAUUAAGACCUGAUAAACUUCCUCCUUCCUUGCUGAUUCUACUUUUACCCCUCUAUUUUUAUUUUUACCCCUCUCUUCUUCUUCUUCUGUAGAAGUUACCACGAUAACAGGGUUUUCGUAGCCCAACCUUCUCCUUUUUUUGGGGGGGGGACUUUUUAUCGUCCCGUCUUUUUGUUAUUUUGGGGUUAACAGAUUUUUCCAGUCUUGUCGAGUUACGAAAAAACGUGAACUUAAGAGUGAUCUGUUUUUUUUUUUUUGGUUCCAGUUGUUGAUAGAUCAGGAACAUCACAGUAAAUGUUAAUGGCUAACAUGCAUGCUAUUUAUAGUUGCAUUACAUUCAGUGUUGGCUGUUUUUUAAGUAAGUUUAAAUAGCCAUUUAUGAAACACCAUAAUUCGAUCAUUCUGCCAGUAAUGUUUUAUUUUCCUAUAAACUGUAAUUUUGAAUAUGAUCUUUUUAAGUGUCAUGAUGCUUGUUAAAAGUAGCAUAAAAGCUAUGGUCUUGUCCCAUUUUUUUUUUGUUAAGGCCAGACUGCAAAUGUGUUCUAGUGUUUUAACACAGGCCCCUUAUUAUUAACUGUGGUGGUGUUGUAAUACGUUUCUGAGGAAAACACUGAUUCCUAAUUUGUUGUUUUGAACGUAGCUCUCUCUUAUAUAUAUAUAUAUAUAUAUAUAUAUAUAUAUAUAUGAAAAUAUACCUAUGAUAAUCUUGCAAUAGAUCAAAAAAGUGUGUUUUAGUUUGGAAGAACUCACGGCUGUGUUUUCAGAUUUUGUUAUUUGUAUUAUGGCUUUUAACAUUUUGGUUUAACAGAUUAUAAUGGGACAUUUAUUGGCUUUCCCCAAAUCUUGGUUUAAUGCCGCGUACAUAUAGUUCAUUUCAAUAAUGUAUAGAAAAUGAAAAACCGAUUUGGAGUAAAAAAGACAAGUGUAA